GGAAGAUGGCGUGAGUCCUUAUGUAUAAAAUAGCAUAGCCUGCCAAGCCUGGAAUUAUUUUCAAACAGAAGCACCUUUCGUUUAGCAAAGGGACAAUGAUGCUGUUAUAAUGGAUAUAUGCUGUCCGGAGAGGGAUGCAUUUGGGGCUGCUCGAGAUACCUUUGAUAUCAUUUACAAAAGAUGUCUAACGUUUGGUCGCCACACUUUAUAAGAAAACAUUGCUCUAAAAAUGAUAAACUAUCGCUGUUUUAAGUAGCAUUUAAACUUCCCAAUACUGAGAGGUGAAUUAGAAAGAUACCUGAUAUUAAUCGAGUCUUAUCCUUCGCUUAAUUAAAUGAUGCACCUCAGCGGUAAAUGUGGUUUUAUAAUUACUAAAGCAUUCAAAAAAAUCUACCGUGUAAGAAAUGACUGAAAUAAGUUAAUUAGGACUAGAAAUCUUGGGACAAGGUCUUCCAGGGGGAUUGCUUCCUGUCUUGCCGCCGAUGCAAUUUUCCAAGGAAGACGGAGCUCUCGAGGGGACAUUUAAAUCGAAAGCUCACCACUGCGACUCAACCGGGGCUACGUCCAAAAUGUGCAGUGAAUGCUACACAAACCAGACGUUUGUUUACGAUGAUGGGACCGCGCACGAACACACAGCCAGAGGCAGUCAUGAGCCGACCAGCUCACUCCCCAAGUUCCCAUGGCGACAGGCCUUCACCUGAGACUGUUCAGAAGAACAACAGCAGCAACACCGGAGUUAUUCUGGAUAUUUCCGCACUCAAGAUGACCGAGGUGGACUCGGAGGUCCCCCCACUUCCGCCUCGGUACCGAUUUCGCGAUUUACUGCUUGGGGACCAGUCCUUCCAAAACGACGACAGGGUGCAGGUGGAGUUCUACGUGAAUGAGAACACAUUCAAGGAGAGGCUGAAACUUUUCUUCAUAAAAAACCAAAGAUCAAGUCUUAGAAUUCGGAUCUUCAACUUCUGCCUGAAGCUGCUGACAUGCCUCCUGUACACUGUUCGGGUUAUGCUGGACAAAUCGGCUGACAACUGGUCUCACUGUGCAGACUGUCAGUUGAACAAGACCACGUACGCAACAGGCAUCAACUGUGUGGACUGUCAGUUGAACAAAACCACAUACUCAACAGGCAUAAACUGGGAGGUGAUAUUCUGGGUUGACAGGAAGCUCUAUGUGUGGGCGAUACAGGUGAUCGUAGCCUUAAUCAGUUUUCUAGAGGCCAUGCUCCUGACGUACCUCAGCUACAAGGGCAACAUUUGGGAGCAGAUGUUCCAGGUGUCAUUUCUCUUGGAGAUGAUCAACACAGUGCCCUUCAUCAUCACGAUAUUUUGGCCUCCACUGAGGAACAUCUUCAUCCCCGUGUUUCUCAAUUGCUGGCUAGCCAAGUGUGCACUGGAGAAUAUGAUCAAUGAUCUACACCGAGCCAUACAGCGGACACACUCUGCCAUGUUCAACCAGGUUCUCAUUCUCAUCUGCACCCUGCUGUGUCUGGUCUUCACUGGGACAUGUGGUAUCCAGCAUCUAGAGAGAGCAGGGAGGAACCUCAGCCUGUUCAAGUCCCUGUAUUUCUGCAUUGUUACCUUCUCCACUGUGGGAUAUGGCGAUGUAACACCUCAGAUCUGGCCCUCCCAGCUGCUAGUGGUCAUCAUGAUCUGCGUUGCUCUGGUAGUGCUCCCUCUGCAGUUUGAGGAGCUGAUAUACUUGUGGAUGGAGCGGCAGAAGUCUGGCGGGAACUACAGCCGCCAUCGUGCUCAGACAGAGAAGCAUGUUGUGCUGUGUGUCAGUUCCCUCAAGAUCGACCUGCUCAUGGACUUCCUGAACGAGUUCUAUGCUCAUCCCAGACUGCAGGAUUACUACGUGGUGAUACUCUGUCCCACGGAGAUGGACAUCCAGGUGCGUCGAGUCCUGCAGAUCCCACUCUGGUCCCAGAGGGUCAUCUACCUUCAGGGCUCUGUUCUCAAGGACCAGGAUUUAAUGAGGGCCAAGAUGGACGAUGCAGAGUCCUGUUUCAUUCUGAGCAGCAGGAAUGAGGUGGACCGAACUGCUGCAGACCACCAGACCAUCCUGAGAGCUUGGGCUGUAAAGGACUUCGCUCCAAACUGCCCGCUUUAUGUCCAGAUCCUCAAACCAGAGAACAAGUUUCACGUGAAGUUUGCUGAUCAUGUCGUCUGUGAAGAAGAGUUCAAGUAUGCCAUGUUGGCCCUGAACUGUGUAUGUCCUGCAACAUCCACACUGGUCACACUCCUUGUUCACACAUCCCGUGGACAGCAGGUAUUUUAUUGUAGGGAAGGCCAGCAAUCCCCCGAGCAAUGGCAGAGAAUGUAUGGCCGUUGCUCAGGCAACGAAGUCUACCACAUCCGCCUCAGUGACAGCAAGUUCUUUGGGGAGUAUGACAGCAAAAGCUUCACCUAUGCCUCCUUCCAUGCUCACAAGAAGUAUGGCGUGUGCUUGAUCGGAGUGAAGAGGGAAGACAACAAGAGCAUCCUGCUGAACCCUGGCCCACGCCACAUCAUGGCCGUCUCUGACACCUGCUACUACAUCAACAUCACCAAGGAGGAGAACUCCGCCUUCAUCUUCAAACAGGAAGAGAAGCACAAGAGGAAGGGGAAGUCACCGGGCGGCCUGUACGACGCCCCCUCCCGCCUCCCCGUCCACAGCAUCAUCGCUAGCAUGGGAACAGUAGCCAUGGACCUGCAGAGCACAAACCCGCCCGACAGCAGCAGCAGCAAGCUGGCCCUGCCCACGGAGAACGGGUCCGAGAGCCGGCGGCCCAGCAUCGCCCCCGUGCUGGAGAUCGCCGACUCUGCCGCCAUCCUGCCGUGCGACUUCCUCGGUGACCAAUCGGAGGACGAGAUGACCCAGUCGGACGAUGAAGGGUCAUCCAUUUGCGAGUAUGUGAAAGGAUACCCACCCAAUUCCCCCUAUAUUGGGAGCUCCCCCACCCUCUGCCAUCUGCUGCCCCAGAAAGCCCCGUUCUGCUGCCUGCGACUGGACAAGGGCUGCAAGCACAACAGCUUUGAGGAUGCCAAAGCCUACGGCUUUAAGAACAAGCUCAUCAUCGUGUCUGCCGAGACGGCGGGGAAUGGCUUAUAUAAUUUCAUUGUUCCUCUUCGAGCCUACUACCGGUCCCGAAAGGAGCUGAACCCUAUCGUGCUGCUCUUGGACUACCCGCCAGACAACCACUUUUUAGAAGCUAUAUGUUGUUUCCCAAUGGUUUACUUCAUGGCUGGGACCAUUGACAAUCUGGAUAACUUGUUGCAGUGUGGGAUAAUUUAUGCUGACAAUCUGGUGGUGGUGGACAAGGAGAGCACCAUGAGUGCAGAAGAGGACUACAUGGCCGAUGCCAAAACUAUUGUUAAUGUUCAGACGAUGUUCAGGUUAUUCCCCAGUCUAAGCAUCAUCACUGAACUCACCCAUCCCUCUAACAUGAGGUUCAUGCAGUUCAGAGCAAAGGACUGCUACUCGCUGGCUCUGUCCAAGCUGGAGAAGAAAGAGCGUGACAAGGGCUCCAACCUGGCCUUCAUGUUCCGCCUCCCGUUUGCUGCAGGCAGGGUGUUCAGCAUCAGUAUGCUCGACACACUGCUCUACCAGUCAUUUGUGAAGGACUACAUGAUUCCCAUCGCAAGACUUUUAUUAGGCCUGGACACCACGCCUGGCUCUGGCUACCUGUGUGCGAUGAAGGUGAGCGAGGAGGACCUGUGGAUCCGGACCUACGGAAGGCUGUUCCAGAAGCUCUGCUCCUCCAGCGCAGAAAUCCCCAUUGGAAUCUACCGCACAGAGUCGCACAUGUUCUCCUCCUCAGAGUGUAAGGAUAUUUGCAGACAGUCGCAGGUCUCCAUAAACGUGGAGGACUGUGAGGACACCAGGGAACGGCCGGAGUCAUGGAAGGAAAAGACCUCCCAGCGGAACUCCAUGGGCAGUGACCAAUCGGAGCACCCCCUGCUGAGGAGGAAGAGCAUGCAGUGGGCACGCCGCCUAAGCAGGAAGAACACCAAACCUCCGAGCCGGACUGAGCGCAUCAACCAGCAGCGCCUUAACCUGUCCCGCCGGUCCGAGAGGCAGGAGCUGUCGGAGCUCGUCAAGAACCGGAUGAAGCACCUGGGGCUACCCACCACCGGAUAUGAGGAUGUUGCUAAUUUAACUGCAAGCGAUGUGAUGAAUCGGGUAAACCUAGGAUAUUUGCAAGAUGCUGGCAAACACGGAGCCGCUCAGAAAUAUCCAAAAUGCAGCCUUAGCACUCCCUUCACAAUGGCGCACACAGAUGAAAUGAAUGACCACCAGAACACAUUGUCCUACGUCCUGAUCAACCCCACGCCGGACACCAGACUGGAGCUCAAUGACAUCGUGUACCUGAUCCGCUCCGACCCGCUGGCGCACGUGCCCGACGACCCCCCGGCCAGGCCGAGCGGCGGGAGGAUGAGGCAGGAGCUCGGCAUGGAGACCAGAGACGAGACCCAGCUCUGAGCGCCUCCGCCAGAGCGCGACGGCAGAGGCGGCCCAGUUCACAAAGAGUGCCUAGAUUGACUGAGAGAUAAUCGGAAUGGAGACAGCCCACCUGGUGUGGAGUGCAGGCGAUGCACGGCGAUCCCCCGGCAACACGUGCAGCUCCUCGUGCGUCCGAGGCACAGCUGUGCCCAAGAGAGGGGCGGAGUCACUGCAUGGGGUGGGGCCAGAGGGAGGACCCUGGCGGAAUGUAAUGGAGCUGAGAGGAUCGUGUUGUACACAGGAACGCCCUCACUGUUCCUCCGUACAACGAGUGACCUCAGAUCCUUGGAACACCCCCCCCCCACCCACCCACUUCCUCCCAGUUCUGUAGAAAUCAAAUACCGGAUGGUUCCUGGGUGGAAUUCACACCACCAGGCACUACGACAAAAAAAAUCCAUCAUGCAUUGUCCGUGUGGCUGUUGACUCCUCUCUCUUUAACCACCUGUGCUACUUGAGUGCAAUGGCUGCUCCAUCACAAACCCCUGGAACAGAUAAUCUGCUGCAUAGCAUGUGGUGCAGAAUGCCUUCAGACCUCACAUGUUCAUACCCUGCUGAGUUCAGCAUGGCACCGCGGUGGCUACUUUUAUCAGUAGCUGGUGAGGAGUCCGAUGGACAUGCUUGAUUUCUAAGUAGAUGAUGCACCACGAAGCACUGAUCUACUGGACUUGGCCUUACUCAGGGCUCCCCCAGGAAGAGGUGAUGAUGGGUAAGGCCCAUAGAUGUGGUCAGGUUGUAAUCCCUUUAUAUAGUUUGAGGAAUUUUGUUUUAUUUAACUUUAUAUUUUUUAUUUCAUCCCAAGUAAAUUAAUAAAUUACUAAUUUUAUUUAUUUAUUUUUUUGUCACUUUUGAUGUUGUUUUGACAUACUGAUAUCUUGCACAGAAGCCAAUAUACAGUAUUUACAUGACUCAUCACCAGCGACACCCCAUCAAAUCAUAACCAAUCCAGCAACCAGGCCAGACACUCGCAUUGGUACAGUAAAGUCACUCUGGUAAAUUUUCAUUAUGCAUUCAUAUCAUCAAUUCAUAUCAUAUUUUAUAGACGGUGAUGUCUAUGAAAGGGAACCCUAAAGAGACGAGCAGGGAGUUGUUUACUGGUAUAAGCAAGUCUUGAGUACUUGCUAAACUGCUGCUCUUUUAUUAUUUAUUAACUUGUUGCUCAUGAAGUAGAUCUGCCUGAUUUUCCAUUGAUGAGUACUUUAAUGUAAUGGUUUUGCUCUUUUCCUUUUAGAUUUCACAGUGUGUCCUUCUAUUGCCACGCUGCUUUCCUCACAUAGUUGCAUGUGUCUGAAAAAGAGAGAACAAAAAGGUUAAUAUGAUGUCACAAAUAAGAUCAUUAAUUUAAUGAUUUGUAAUGUAAUACAUUUUUUUUUAGAAAUCUUUGUUAAUGUCAGCAAAAGGCUUUAGUACAAUACUGUAUAAUUUAGGGUAUGUUAUCUUAGAUUGAAAAAGAAAAAAACACAUGUCACUUUGCAUUAUCACUUUUCUAUAUUGUAAUUGAAAGCUGAUAAUUUGUCAUAACUUUUGUGAAGCUGUGUUCCUUGUUGGGAGUAUUACUGGUGCUUGCAGGAUGAAGUCAUGUCUUCUGGAAAAGUAUCAGUUACACUACAACAGAUUAAGGUUUGCAUUGUUUUGACAUUAGAGAUUGUAGUUUAACAUAUACUUUUGACUGAAAAUCAGAAUAGCAUAUUGUUAGCAUUAUAUUAUUGCGAAUUAAAUUGGUCACUGCAUUCCCAGCAGAAUGGGAAGUGUCAGGGAAACGUCAUUUGGUGUCACCUGAUUAAACUGCAGUCUGAAUAUUCCUUUGUGCCAUGUGGCAUUGAGGGGGGCCAGUCUACCAACCAUACUAUGGGGGUAAGAGCUGGGAGCAAGAGAAAGAAACAUGGUCCCAAAGAGUGUAAUGUUUGGGUAUGAGAUUUACCUGACCUGGCCCCAAAGAGUGUAAAUCUUGGGUAUGAAAUUUACCUGACAUGGCCCCAAAGAGUGUAAAUCUUGGGUAUGAAAUUUAAAGACAAGAUGUUUGCAGUGACAGAAAAUGCCAUCAGGUGCUUGAAAGAUAUUUGCAGUGCUGAUACACUGUAUUUCUUUUGACUGGACUGGGUGAGAAUAAUAUAUUUGUUAUUUACGCAUUUAUUUUUGUGUUCAUUGAACCAACCCAUUUAUUGGAAAUAGGAGAGAUUUGUAGAGCUGGUUAUACAAAUGUAAAAUCGGCAUUAUCUUAUUCUUAUUAUUUAUUGCAAUUGUUACACAAGAUUUUUAGCGAACUUUUUAUUUAUGUUGCUCACGCUCACUGAAAUCAACUGGUUUGAAGAAAACCAUCUUGACUACAUGCAUUCAACUUUACUACAUAAUACAUAUACUGUUUAAUAUGAAAUGUGAUUUCCUGUGUACAUUUGUAUGUUUAAUUUAUAUUAAUACUGACAUAAUUUAUUAGUAUCUGUUUUAAAUUAUCAAAGCUAGUCACUUUAAAAUAUACUGAUGUGAAUAUAUUUGUAUGCAAUCAAUGAAUUUCUCAAGUGGAAUUAGAACUCAGAUAAGGUGUCCUCUGUUAAAUGUUAUGCUUCUUUCUCAGUUUCAAUGUUAAUUUUACGUUGCUAAAUAUAAUAGAGGAACAAGAACUUUGCACUAAAAGGAUGGCAGUGUAGAUGAAGGUCAGUUUAAAACCCUUUAACCCCAUUCUCUACAAGAUGAAGAACUCAAAAGUGCUAUGGGAUCAUUGUAAAUAGUCAUUUUAAAAACUAGUCGUUAGCUGCUUUUUUUCAUCAUAAGACAAAUAUAUUUUGAUAAGUAGUACUGUUUUGAUCAUGCCAUGUUUUCAGCUGCUGAAUGAAUGCGUCAAUUUUUUUUUUUUUUUGUGGGGGGGAGUUAACAAGAGAAGUAAUUUUUCAGAUCCACUUUUGAGAUGGGAGACUGGGCUUUUGGUCAGGGAUAUCAUCUAUAACAUUUCAAAUCAUACAAAAACUUGCAUGAACUGGACAGAAAUCCAUCAAUGAACACUAAUAUAGUCUUUUAUAAUGUAGUGAUUCCAAAUAAAUGUGAACCUAUUUAAAAAAAAUAUUAUGUAGCCAACAAAUUGUUUUUAGUUUUGUAAAUCAUCAUCAUUGUAAAUCAACUUCAUCAAAAAAAACUGUUUGAUGUAUGAUUGCAAAAAAUAUUUUUAUCUCGUGACAAAAUACUCUCAACGAAUUACACCAUGCAUGUUCUUUUCAGUCCUAUAAAAGGUCCUUUUUGAAGUCCUUGGCACCGUUUUCUGAAUGUACGGAAUAAUCUACUGAUAAAUCCAUUUUGUACUAUUUCCUAUAUGAAGUCUGUGUGCUUCACUACUGUACGUAAAAGAAACAUAAUAAAUGCGAGGCAUGCAGCCAUGGCAAAGCAA